GCGAGUGCGGACUGCGGUCUCCGCCUGCCAACUCGCUCGCCAGCGCGCCAGCGAUGUGACUGAGCCUCUGGGGGCAGGCUGGCGGCUCUGCGGACAGCAGUACCUUGGCUUUUCUCAUAGGGGAUUUCUUGUUGAGCCGUGCUUCCCUGCGAGGCGGAGACACGCACCAGGGGCUCGGAGCGCAGCUUUCCAGAGCCGACGGCAGCUGCAGCGCUCCGGUUCGCGCGGCCGGGUGCAAUCUUAGUCGCCGCCGCCGCCCGGCGGUGCGCCCUGGCAAGUGCCAGGCGCCGGGCAUCGCUGAGUCUAGGCGACUGGUGCAGAGCAGCAGCGCCUGGUCCUACAGCCGCAGCUGCCGCCGGCCACUGCAGGAUCAGCGGGGCUGCGCACAGCCAGAGUUUGCAGGGGUUUCCUCGAAGCCCAGUCCCCCAAGAACACUCCUUGGCUCUUGCAUCCCGAAGAGUCACCCCUUGAUAUAUGUAGAGGAUAGAUUCCAGGACUCUCUGCGGAUCUCCAAAUCCAAGGAUGCUCAAGGCCUUUAUCUAAAAUGACAUAGUAAGCCAGAUGUGGUGGCACAUACAUCUGUAAUCCCAGAACGCAGGGAGUCCUCUUUUUUCGACAGUUGGGCACAACUUUGGAACUGGGAAAGGGUGAUUUCAAGGCCAAGAAAGAAGAGUCUCGCCACAACAACGUUUCAAAGGGACACGUUGCCAGAAUUUGUAAUACUUUUUUGGACAAACAUCACUCCAAGGAAGACACAGCCCUCUGCCCUCCAUGUGGCCACCUGUGAAGAAUUGACUCAUUCCUUCAGCUGUACCAGGUCUUUCUCCCACCAUGGGACCCGCAGGGAGUGUGCUGAGUGGCGGACAGAUGCAGAUCGUCCUCUGGGGAAGUUUGGCAGCUGUUGCCACUUUCUUCCUCAUCACCUUCCUGGUCUUUCUGUGCUCGAGUUGUGACAGAGAAAAGAAGCCAAGACUUCACAGUGGGGACCAUGAGAACCUGAUGAACGUGCCUUCAGACAAGGAGAUGUUCAGCCAUUCGGUGACUAGCCUGACAACAGAUGCUCUUGCUAGCAGUGAACAGAACGGGGCACUCACCAACGGUGACAUUCUUUCAGAAGACAGUACCCUGACCUGCAUGCAGCAUUAUGAGGAAGUUCAGACCUCGGCCUCUGAUCUGCUGGACUCCCAGGACAGCACAGGGAAGCCUAAGUGUCAUCAGAGUCGGGAGCUGCCCAGGAUCCCCCCCGAGAGUGGGGUGGACACCAUGCUCGCUGACAGGAGCGUGGAUGGGGACCAGGGACCAGGCACAGAGGGGCCAUACGAGGUGCUCAAGGACAGUUCUUCCCAGGAAAACAUGGUGGAGGACUGCUUGUAUGAAACCGUAAAGGAAAUCAAGGAGUUGGCGGCUGCCGGACACCCAGACAGAGGCCAGGGUGGCAAGUCAAAGUCUGCUUCCACCUUGAAAGAGCUUUCGGGGCCCCAAACUGAGGGCAAAGCAGAGUUUGCUGAGUAUGCCUCUGUGGACAGAAACAAAAAGUGUCGCCAGAGUGUUAACGUAGAGAGCAUUCUUGGAAAUGCAUGUGAUCCAGAAGAGGAAGCCCCACCACCUGUUCCAGUGAAACUCCUGGAUGCGAAUGAAAACCUUCAGGAGAAGGAGGAGAGAGAAGCAGAAGAGCGAGCCCCAGAGGGGAGCAGAGAGACCAAUAAGAGAUUUAGCUCAUUGUCAUACAAGUCUCGAGAAGAAGACCCGACUCUCACAGAAGAGGAGAUCUCAGCCAUGUACUCAUCAGUGAAUAAACCCGGACAGUCGCUGCAUAAAUCGGGACAGUUGUUUAAAGCACCAGAAUCCACCUCCAUUCAAGAUGCCCCUCAGAGAUCACCCUCUUCCUGUAAUGACCUCUAUGCCACCGUUAAAGACUUUGAGAAAACUCCGAACAACACGCUUCCACCAGCAGGGAGACCCAGUGAGGAGCCAGAGCCCGAUUAUGAAGCAAUACAGACUCUAAACAGAGAGGAAGAAAAGGCUCCCCUGGAGAUAAAUGGCCACCCUGGUCUCGUUCCCAAGGAGAAUGACUAUGAGAGCAUUGGGGACCUGCAGCAAUGCAGAGAUGUCACCAGACUCUAGCAACCCAGAAGACAACUCCAAAGAGCCUGUGGUCAGUAUUUUGGGACAGUUCUGUGGGGAUAAGAAGUGACAUCAAUCUCUACUUUAUAUGCUGCUUUAGUAAACUGAAGACCAUUGGACAUGCCGCACCGACCAUUUUCCCGGUUUCUGGAACUGUGAUGUUCAGGCCUGGCUGCCCCUGAGUGUGCACCUGCCUGCCCUAGAAGACACACCCCAGCACCCACACAAAACUCUCUAACCCUCCACAAAAGAUCCCAGCUGUCCUGUGGGGGUUUAUCCCACUAGUGAGGACAGCCACGCUGUAAGGAAGAACUACACUCAGCAAGAACCACACUUCCACCCGCCUGAAAUACUGCCAUUUGGAAGAACAAGGUUUUUCUUCCUGUCUCUUCCCCUUUUCUCUGUCUGCUACCAUCUUUAAAAUAUAUGGCAUGUUCCCCUAUAGAAUCUUCUGAUUUCUAUGACUCAGUCCAAGGAAAUUCUCCUACAGGGCUUGGCAAAGGUUUUCAAGAUAGGCAAGUUAGGAUGGGGAGCAACUGGUUGCUGGUCCCCACCCAGCUCACCCUUCCUCUUCCCAGAGCUACAGUUUUGGUCUCUGGGAAUCCAAACUAUGCAUAGGUUUGGGGCAGGAGGUCCCUUGAGUCCCUUCCUUCUUAUUUUGGCACUGUGCAUCAGCAGCGUUUCCCUAAAGUACUUGAAGUCAGUUUUAGAUGCUUUGUUUUAUUUUUCUAAUCGAAACCUUGGGAACUCAUUAGAGCCUUUUCAGUAUUUUCAGUGAAUACCGUGGUACGUCUGUACUCCUUAAUCCCAGAGCUCGUUCCUUCCAAACAGAGAGCCUUAAUCUUUAUGUUGGAACACAGACCACACGUGUGGAUGGCAGUGAGGCGUCCAUCCUGGAAGGGCUGUGGACAUGGGUAUUUCCAGUGAUCUCCGCUGCCAGCACCAACAGUGUGGACUUGCAUAAGUUGUCUGCACCCUAAGGUAAUCUAAGACUAAAAUGUAAACAUUUAUUUUUAUUAUAUAAAUUUAUAAGAUGUUUUAUGUUUAAUGCCUAAUUUCUAGAAAGUGCCGAAAAAUGUAUAUUAACUAUUUUGGUUUUAUGUACAAUGAUUUAUACUCUCAUUUUGGAAUGACACCACAAAGCACAUAAGCUAGAUAAUUACAAGUAGUUGUUAUUCUUUUUUUAUAACAAAUGUUUAAAAAUUUGAAGGUUUUUAAAGACUCAGCUUUUCAAAUGGUACUUGGAACUCCUCAUCAAUAACCUAGAUCAGUCAUGAUAGGAAUAAAUAAUCCUUUUUAGUGGCUGUAGAGGGCAAUACUGAAAUAUUUGAAAUGGUAAAAAGGGACAGAAGAAUAAAAUAGGACAAGGAAUUGUGAACUUCCUGAAAGUAUCACACUUUUAUUAAAGUUUCAUAGCAUUUUUAAGAAAACAGUGAUGAAUUCUACAGUCCAGUACUUGCCACUGCAAAUUGCCUAUUAAAAUUUUUUCCUUCAUUUUACAAAAAUCAGUGGCUGUAGUAGCUCAGAUUAAGAGGCCAUCCCAGUUUGAAUUUAAUCAUCUCUUUAGUCUUAUGUGGCCAACAUUGGAAAAUGUGUUCACUGGUCAUUUGAAGUAUCUCAAGUGUAGGCUAUGGAAGGGGAGGUCAUUAUCCUAUGCCACCGUGACAUCUGUGAUUUUAGACACUUAAUAAUCUUUCUUUUCCCUCCUUAUGAAGAAUGCAAUUGGCAAGAUGAAGCAUCUUGAAAAUUGUCAAGACCCGCUCGCUGGUCUCUAUUUGUAGAUUGGUCUUGUGACUGCUCUGUAUCACACUUUUGAAAUUGUAAAGUGAACUCUGUCAGGGAGCACAGGUUGGUUGCCAUUCCUCGUCAGUCCACUAAGUCUCUCCCAUGAAGAAGUCAUGUGCAUGAACACAGUUAUUGCUGAUUCGAAAACAGCGGUGGAAUAACCUUGAAUCUCUUGAGAGAAGUUUAUCAGGAAAGUUCAAGGCACUUCCCCUCUGAAUUCAGAUCUUUCGUAAACCCUGCUUUGCCUGCUGAUUUUCACUGCUUUGUAUUAACGAGUUUGACCCAGCAAUCUCAGGUCACGGGUUCUCCUAGUGAAUGGGAACAGCUGCCACCUGCACACAGUGUGCUGCUGCACCCUCCUCUCUAGGCACCUUCCAGAGAAGGUCAAACAUUCAUUGCAUUUCCUACUAUCUUACUUAUAGCCAGGGAAAUAGGUCUGAUCUCUAAAGUGUAGAAUACUCUUUUAGAGACAAGUUCUUUAUAAAUAAUCAUGUCAUCUUAAAAUUUCAUUAUCAGAAUUUCCUCCAGAAGUUUUCAAAUAUAGGUUAUGCAAUAUAGUCAUAAAAUAUGCACUGAAAAAACUCUCUUAAUUUGAGAACAAGUGGUGAGAAUAUGUUGUGAUAGAAAAUAUUUUAAGUGUACUUUAAAAAGAACUCUAAGGCCCUCCUGCAAAAAUUCUAGAAGAAUAUAUGAUAGCACAGUCCAUCAGGAUGGGGGAGGGAGAUAAAGAGUGAACCCUAGGAAGACAGCUCAGCUCUUCGGGGCAUUGGGUGUUUUAUUAAAGUGUAUUUAUUGAUGUAUCA